ACCAGAAUCAAUAUCACCAAUCCUUUCAUCGGAUGCGUGAUUGAUUUUACCGCUUUCGAUACGUUGUAUAUUUGAAGGUUUUCUGUUUUGGAAAUAAAGUUGGUGGAGGUAUGGAAUCGAUAAUGGCUAAGGCGCUGGAGACCACUCUCAAAUACUGGUUUAAAUCAUUCACCAGAGAUCAGUUCAAGUUACAAGGCCACACUGUUCACCUCGCCAAUUUAGAUAUAAACGGUGAUGUUUUGCACGCAAGUCUUGGAUUGCCGCAUGCUUUAACUGUUAGCAUGGCGAAAUUGGGGAAGUUGGAGAUCGUGCUCCCUUAUUUGAGUAAUGUACAACUCGAGCCAAUUGUUCUGCAAAUUGAUAAGCUCGAUGUGGUGUUGGAGGAAAAUGAUGAUUUGGAAGCACGUAGGAGCACACGCAGAGCACAAUCGGCUUCUAGUUCGACAAAAGGCAGUGGCUAUGGAUUUGCUGAGAAGAUUGCUGAUGGAAUGAUGUUACAAGUACAGACCGUCAGUUUAUUACUUGAGACUCAUGGGGGUGGUAGACAUCUUGGAGGAGCAACUUGGGCAUCACCAAUGGCAUCUAUUACUAUCCGCAAUCUUGUGCUCUAUACAACAAAUGAGAACUGGCAGGUUAUAAACCUUAAAGCAGCGAGGGGAUUUUCAAGUGACAAGAAUUUCAUUUAUGUGUUCAAAAAGCUUGAAUGGGAGUGUCUAUGUAUCGAUCUCCUGCCUCAUCCUGAUAUGUUCGCAGAUCCUUCUGGAGGGGCUCGUAACCGGAAAGAUGAUUAUGGUGCAAAGCGAGUUUUCUUUGGCGGCGAGCGCUUUAUUGAUGGAGUAUCUGGAGAGGCUUAUAUUACAAUACAAAGGACAGAUCUUAAUAGUCCACUAGGUCUGGAACUUCGGUGGCAUAUUACAGAAGCCAUCUGUCCAGCAUUGAGUGAACCAGGACUUCGAGCUCUUGUUCGUUUCUUCACAGGAUUAUAUGUUUGUCUCAACAGAAGUGAUGCAAAUGCUCAAGAGCCAUCAGCUGAAGCUGCAGGGCGUACAAUAGUCUCCUUUAUGGUGGACCAUAUAUUUCUUUGCAUCAAAGAUGCUGAUUUCAAGCUAGAACUUCUAAUGCAGUCACUUCUCUUUUCUCGGACAAGCGUCUCUGAUGGAGCAAGUGCCAAAUUCUUGACUCAGAUCAUGAUAGGUGGACUAAUUUUACGGGAUGGUUUCUCUCGCCCACCAUGCCCACUAGUGCAACCGUCGAUGCAAGAUGCUGCAGAGGAACUUCUACACAUUCCAGAUUUUGGUAAAAAUUUCUGCCCUCCCAUAUAUCCACUAGGUGAUAAGCAAUGGAGAUUAAACGACCGUGUUCCACUCAUUUCCCUUCAUUGUCUACGAUUUAUGCCCUCCCUUUCCCCACCAUCGUUUACUUCACAAACUGUAAUCGACUGCAAGCCUCUUACGAUUCAUCUUCAAGAAGAGUCCUGUAUAAGAAUAUCAUCCUUUCUUGCUGAUGGAGUUAUGGUUAAUCCUGGUGAUAUAUUGCCAGAUUUCUCCAUCAACUCCCUCCAAUUCAGUAUGAAAAAAUUAGAUAUCACUGUAACACUGGAGGCUGGGAAGCCUAACCAUCCCACAAAUUAUGAUCACCCUAAAUACAACUCCUUCAGCAGAGCAAGGCUUCAUCUCGACAAUCUAUACUUUUCUGAGUCUCCUUUUUUAAGGCUUGGGCUGCUCAAUCUCGAUAUGGAUGCUGCAUGCUUCUGUAUGUGGGAAGGUCAACCUAUCGAUGCCAGCCAGAAAAGAUGGACAGCUGGAUCUUCUCUCCUCGGCAUGUCUCUGGAAACAUGUAACAAUCCGCCUGGAGUGAAUUGUUCUCGCCUACCCUCUUCAGAAUUCUGGAGAUGUGUCGAGAUGAAUGGUGUUUGCAUACAGGUAGCAAUGGUAACUGCAGAUGGAAGCCCAUUAGUAAACGUUCCUCCUCCGGGAGGAGUUGUCAGAGUAGGAAUUGCUUUUGAACAGUAUGUGUCCAACACUUCCGUGGAGCAACUAUUUUUUGUCUUAGAUCUCUAUGCCUAUAUUAAUAAUGUCCAUGAUAAAAUGGCGAUGGUUAGAAAAAGAAAAGGAAUGAAGACAGUGAAGAAUAAAUCUUCUGAUUCUGAUAGUUUUAGCAAUAGGGUUCCGGCUGAUGCUGCUAUUAGUCUAACGAUUAAGAACCUGAAGCUAACAUUUCUAGAAUCUUCUUCCACAGACCUUCAGGGAAAACCGCUAGUUCAGUUUACUGGAGAUGACCUGUUAAUACAAGUUACACAUAGAACCUUGGGCGCUGCAAUGGCCACUUCAUCAACUUUGCGAUGGGAGAGAGUGCAAGUGGACUGUGCAGAGACCGAUAGAAGUUUGACACGUGCAAAUGGUUUAACGCCCGCCUUUACUGAAGAUUGUUCUCUUGUUGAGAAUAGCUACCCUGAGUUAAGAGCUGUCUUUUGGGUGCAGAACAGGAGGAGCUUUCAAUCAAAUGGCCAAGCUGUCUCCAGUCCAUUUUUAAAUUUAAGCAUAGUGCACGUAAUUCCAUAUAAUGCACAUGAUAUAAAGUAUCAUAGUUUACGUGUGUCAGCUUGUAUUGCGGGUGUACGCCUUGCAGGAGGAAUGAAUUACAACGAAGCUUUGCUCCUCCACUUUGGAAUUCUAGGGCCAGGUGGCGGCCCAGGGGCUGGACUCUCCAAAGGUUUAGAGCACUUAUCUUCAGGACCUUUGUCAAAACUAUUCAAAGCAUCACCUCCGUUUGUCGAUGAGGUGAGGGAGAGUCAAAAUGAAAGCAUAGGGGAUGACAAGAAUGGUAGUUACUUGAAUUUGGGUGCACCACAUGAUGUGAAUAUAUUACUGGAACUGAAGGACUGGAUAUUUGCCCUGGAAGGCGCAGAGAUAAUGGCAGAAAGGCACAGUUUCAGUGAUUCUAGCAGGGAAGAGAGAUCUUGGCACACGUCUUUUGAGAGUUUUAAAGUUAGAGCAAACGGAAGCAGAGAUGACACAGUGAAUGGCAAAGGAAAUUCGAUUGGAGCACAAAACUAUCCUGUUGAAGUGGUCAGGGUUGGUGUUGAAGGCUUGAAGACCUUGAAGCCUCAGCGAAAGAAAAAUGCACCUUCAAAAGGGGUCACACAAACCGUCGAGCCACAUGAGGGGGUAGACCUCGAAGUUGAGAUAGUACCUUCUGAAGAUAAUGGUGUCAAUGGGACAAUUACUUGGGGGGUGGAGGAUUUGAAAAUUACUUCAAAACAACCGAUUGAUGUUGUCAUACGAAAGGAUGAACUGCAACAUGUUGCUCGUUUGUGCAAGUUGGAAAUCGAUUCAAUGGGACGAAUAGCUGUUGGGAUUCUACGGUUUUUUAAGCUCGAUGGACCAGUCGCUCAGCCAGCACUGGAUCAAUUAAGCCAUCUUGGAAGUGAAGGUAUCGAAGAGAUCUUCUCUCCACGAAAAGGGAGCAGUGGCGAUAAUAGCAUCGGCCCGGGGGAUCCGUUCGGAUCCGCAGAUAAUAAUUGUUCAUCCAUAGAUUCAACAUUAGCUUCAUUGGAAGCAACAUUGUUGGAUUCACAGUCCAUUUGUUCAUCCCUUUCUUCAGAAGUAACCACUUCCAAUCUUCAUACUGUACAACAACUCUCCCAGAAACUAGAAAGUAUGCACAGAUUCUUGAUGAAGUUGCGCAAUCAGGUAUAGUUUCCUUUUCUUCUUUUUUUUUUAUUACAAUUUUGGAACAAAUUAUGUAGUUUUAUAUUAUUUUCAAAUCUUAGCUUUAUA